AUGUCUGUACCAAAUAGACCGCGCGUCCAGUUUGAUCCCAGGCGUCCUACAAGAAAAGCUCCAGCUACCAACACCAAUGCAAAUCUACAACAGAACACAACUCAGAUAAACAAUGCAUUGAAUGCGAUACAGUCGUCCAAAACCUCGCCCUUGUCAAAAAAAGAUCUCACAGUAUAUACUAUGGAAGAUGGCGAGACUUAUUCUACUGUAGAAAGAGCUGUGUCUUCAGUUACCCCUCCAGCAACUUUCAACCCGUCUAAUGAACAAGUAUUCUUACGCAAUGGCUUACCCAAUUGUGAUUUCAUCAGAGACCAUUUUUUUCACGAAGGUAGAUUAACCGAAGACCAGGCCAUCAGGAUCUUGAAACAAGCAACUCAAUUGUUGACCUCAGAACCCAACUUGCUAACUGUGCCCGCGCCAGUUACCAUUUGUGGCGAUGUCCAUGGCCAAUACUAUGAUCUCAUGAAACUAUUUGAAGUUGGUGGCGACCCCAAGACCACCAAAUAUUUAUUUCUUGGUGACUACGUCGAUAGAGGUUCUUUUUCCAUUGAAUGUUUGGUUUAUUUAUAUGCAUUAAAGAUUACUUAUCCCAACUCGUUUUGGAUGCUUAGAGGUAAUCACGAAAGUCGUCAUUUAACUGAAUACUUUACUUUCAAAAAUGAAUGUUUACACAAGUACUCAGAACGAGUUUAUGAAGAGUGCAUUGCUUCAUUUAAUUCAUUGCCCUUGGCAGCUAUUAUGAAUGAACAGUUUUUCUGCGUUCAUGGCGGGUUAUCACCUCAAUUGACGGAUUUAAACAGUGUGAAAAAGAUUAACAGAUUCCGAGAACCACCCACAAAGGGGUUAAUGUGUGACUUGUUAUGGGCUGAUCCAAUCGAAGAAUACGAUGAUGAUAACGUUGACACCGAAUAUAUAAAUAACCAAGUCAGAGGUUGCUCAUAUGCAUUUACCUAUAAAGCAGCAUGCAAAUUUUUAGAUCGCACCAAACUACUUUCAGUCAUUCGAGCUCAUGAAGCUCAAAAUGCAGGCUACAGAAUGUACAAGAGGACCAAAAGCAUGGGGUUCCCAAGCUUGUUGACCAUGUUUAGUGCCCCCAACUAUUUGGACAGCUACAAUAACAAGGCCGCCGUGUUAAAGUACGAAAACAAUGUCAUGAAUAUUCGGCAAUUCAACGCAUCUCCUCAUCCAUACUGGUUGCCUCAUUUCAUGGAUGUUUUCACUUGGUCGUUGCCAUUUGUUGGCGAGAAAGUCACCGAUAUGUUGGUUAGCAUAUUAAAUGUCUGCACCGAAGAAGAAUUGGAAGAAGAUUUGCCAUUUGCUGAAUCCGAAAUCGGCAUAAGCCAGGCCUCGAGCACAUUUAGCUCUCCAACGUCUAAACCUCCAUCUACAUCCUCAUCAGCGCUGGAAGAGCAGGAAGAGCAAGAAGAGUCGUUAGCUGAAAAGAGGCUAGCAUUGCGCAACAAGAUUAUUGCCAUUGGCAAGAUGUCGAGAAUGUUUCAAAUCUUGAGGGAAGAGCAGGAAAGCGUUGCCCAUUUGAAAGAGUUGAAUAGAGGCUCCCUCCCAAAGGGCUCGUUAUUGCAUGGAAGAGAAAGCUUGCAAAACACCAUCACCACUUUUGAAGAAGCUAGAGCUGCCGAUCGAAUCAACGAAGCAAUGCCGCCGAGCCAUGCCGAUAUGAGGAGAAUGGAAGAAGAACGCGAAGAAAGAAUCAAGAAACAAAUGGAAAACCCUGAAAAUGACAGUCCCGUCUUGCACAAGCUAAUAAGAAGGUUGAGCCAAGGUUGA